CUAAAUGAACGGUCACGGUGUUUACAGCUGGAUAAUACUGAGGACAUUUCAAGUUGGAACUCCCUUCGGUGCUGCUAUUGCUCCAGUGGCCUACAGCCCAAGUAUUUUACUUUAUCUUGUUUCACUUAAAAUUUGACGCGACGUUUUAUGGCAUACCUCUUGAGAUCCACUUGUAUUAAAUGUCGCCUUCGCUCGCGGGACAAAUUGGCGGCAAACGGCGCGGGCGGUUCAACAGGUGGAGCCACGAGACAGGGUUUCAGGAGCCCGCGCAGAGAAAUGAGCGCUCGCGCAGUUCACACAGCGCGAAAACAAUGAGACACAACUUACUGAUGUCACGACUAUUUUGGUUUCUUUUUUUUUUUUUUUUUUAUCCUGGUCUUGUGUGGGGCUGGACUCGCUGACUGACUCUCAUUGCGGCACUCCGUCCGUCAUUCCCCACACAACUCGCACAAUGUACAACCGGACUGCGCUGUGGAGGCUCUUCUCUCCUGUCAGGGCUCCUCAAACGCACAGAAAAAUGGUUCUGUUGGAAAAAAUAUAGGACAAUAAUUACAAACGUGUCUCAAUAUUUAAUCCUUAACGUAAAGACAAUACGCGGAUUUUAGUUAUCUUUGCCUUGCUUAUGCGACACAAGAAUUUGCGUUUUGUUUACACAUGUAAAUAAUAUCACCGAAUGGAGGUCACUUAAUGAACGUGCCAGCUUCUCCGAGGAGCUUUUUGAGGUAGCUUUUUCAGAGCCACCGAUUCAAUUUGUCGCCGUCAACGGUCAAGUCGGAGGUGUUGGAUGAAACGGCACAGAGAGAGCUGCUGCUCUAGACCCCCUGCGAAGAGUGACACUGAGCGGCCGCGGGGGCUGCUGCUCCGCCAGUGAAGGAGAGUGCAGUCCCCCCAGUGUGGAGCCCCCUGGUGCUCGCCCCCAUGGAUCUGCGAGUGAGCCAACGGCUGGUGCGGCCUUGCCCUGUGUCAGACACUGGCCUUCUGACACCUCUGCCCCACCAACUCCACCUGGGCCAUCUCUCUCUGCGGCCCUGUGCCCAGUUCUCCGAGCAGCAGCUGCACCAGCGCAUCCAGUUCAGCAUGGAGCAGAGGCAGCGUGAGGAAGAGGAGGAGAAACGGCAGGAGCUACAACAGCUUUGGCACAAGGACAAGAGUCAGCAGAGUGCCGUGGCCAGUUCAGCAGUGAAGAAGAAACUCCAGGAAGUCAUCCUGAAGAAGCGACAGCAGCAAGUUGCUCUGGAGCAGAACAACUCCAAUCCACUUGCCAGUCCCCAAGGGAGAUAUCAGGAUCAGACUUCAGAAAGUGACGUGACUUCCCAGACGCUAUUGGUGAGCUCGCAUGCACAACCCUCCAGCGAGGGCUCAGAAGACACCCCCCUGAGGAGGACAGCCUCAGAGCCAAAGCUGACAGGCAAGCAGAAGCUGAAAAAGCACCUUAACAGGAAGAGCCCAUUGACCCGCAAGGAGAGCGCACCACCCCCUGUCAAACACAGAGCUUCUGAUCCCUUAGACUCCUCCCCCAGCAGCAGCAGCACUCCUGUAUCUGGCUGCAGCUCCCCCAGUGACAGUUUGUCUGCUGAUGGUGGAGUGCUGCCCUCUACUGCUGCACUUGCCAAUGAGAGAUUAUUGCUUCAGGAUGGGCUUGUGGCCCAUUUCACAGUGCACAGGCCAAGUACUCUGCCCACAAUCACCCUGGGACUCCCAGCUAAUGCUAAGAGUGAUGUGAAUAUGAGCUCUAUGAAGGCUGGCCGGGUAUCAUUGCUGUCAGGAUCUUCCUCUGUGUUUGUACCGGUGGGCCUGGAGGAAUCCAGCAGUCUCUUGUCCUCUCAUCUGCAGCCCAUGCUGGUCCUAGAGCCCAACACCAUGUUGCACCCACAGCUGCUCACAGUUCCAGGCCUGGGUCACAUGCCACUGUCCUUUGGAUCCCAGCUAGAGCAUAUGGCUCCCGUGGGGCCACGCAAACCCCUAAGCAGAACCCGCUCAGAGCCCCUUCCCCAAAGCCAGCGGUCCAUCCAUUCACAGCUGCUUCAGCAACAUCACAGCAGCCAGCUUCUAGAGAGACUUCAGCAGCAGACAUGCCUUGGCAAGCUGAUGUCUAAAAACACUGAAAAGCAUUGCUUUAGACAAAUCCCAGUUGAAGACAUGGAUUCUGAGGAAGUGGAGCAAUUACAGAGUGACACUCAUCAAAGCAGGAUGAGGACGGACCUGCUACACAAGGUGGAGUCUGUGUCAACAAGUGAGAUCCAUGAAGAAAACAACAGUCUCCAACACAGACUCCUACUGAGUCAGCAGUCUCUGCUGUGGGAGAAGCAGAAACAGCUGAGGCAACAGGCAACCCACAUGGAGAUGCUGGCAGUUCCCAUGGUGCUUAGGGGCACCCACCGUGCCCUCUCCCGUACUCAGUCCUCGCCUGCUUCCACCUCUCUUCCUUUGUCUGAUAAGGCUUUGCCACUUCCUAGUCCAGAGACAGUAAGCAAGCCCCAGUUCACCACAGGCCUGGUGUAUGAUUCUCAAAUGCUGAAGCACCAAUGUAAUUGUGGGGACAACAGCAGCCAUCCAGAGCAUGCUGGGAGGAUCCAGAGCAUCUGGUCUCGACUGCAGGAACGAGGCCUCAGGAGUCAGUGUGAGACUAUUCAGGGCAAGAAGGCUAGCCUGGAAGAACUGCAGUCAGUGCACUCGGAGAGGCAUGUGCUGCUGUACGGGACCAACCCCCUAAAUCGCUUGAAGUUAGAUCACCGCAAGCUGAGUGGAAUCCUGUCUCAGAGGAUGUUUGUGAUGCUGACAUGCGGAGGAGUUGGGGUGGACAAUGACACAAUCUGGAAUGAAAUGCACACAUCUACAGCGUCCCGUAUAGCUGCUGGCAGCGUCACAGAGCUCGCUUUCCGGGUGGCCAAAGGGGAGCUGAAGAAUGGGUUUGCAGUGGUGAGGCCCCCUGGACACCAUGCCACCCACUCUACCCCCAUGGGUUUUUGUUUCUUCAACUCAGUUGCCAUCGCUGCAAAGCAGCUUCAGCAGAAGCUCAAUGUUAGCAAGAUUCUUAUCGUAGACUGGGAUGUUCACCAUGGCAAUGGUACCCAAGAGGCAUUCUACAGUGAUCCCAGUGUACUUUACAUCUCCUUACAUCGCUAUGAUGACGGAAACUUCUUCCCUGGCAGUGGUGGGCCAGCUGAGGUGGGCUCAGGGGCAGGUGAAGGUUUCAAUGUCAACGUAGCAUGGAUAGGUGGCUUGAACCCCCCCAUGGGUGAUGCAGACUACCUGGCUGCAUUCAGGACCGUAGUGAUGCCCAUUGCUCAGACAUUCGCCCCCGAUGUGGUUUUGGUUUCGUCGGGGUUUGAUGCUGCUGAAGGUCAUCCACCUCCUUUAGGGGGAUACAGAGUUUCUGCCAGAUGUUUUGGCUACAUGACACAACAGCUGAUGCAGCUGGCUGGGGGCCGGGUGGUCCUCGUUCUCGAGGGGGGAUAUGACCUGACAGCCAUCUGUGACGCCUCUGAGGCCUGUGUCAGUGCCCUGCUGGGUGUGGAGGUAGAGCCUCUGCCCGAGGACACUCUACGGCAGUCUCCCAGCGCCAAUGGGGUACGCUCGCUGCAGAGGGUGCUCCAGGUCCAUGGACACUACUGGCCAACAGUGAAGCGCUAUGAACACACAGUGGCCUUGUCCUUCCGACAGGCCCAGGAACACGAGCAUGAAGAGAAUGCCACAGUCACUGCCCUGGCCUCCCUUUCAGUGGGCAUUCUCCGUCCUAAAAGAGUCCAGGACGAGCCAAUGGACCACGGUAGUGACUCCCUGUAAAGACCCGACCGCUCACAUUCUUAAUGGUGGAAAUCCACAGAUUUCAGCCUUUCGACCUCUGACCCAGAGCUUUUGGGUCAGUCCUGAAACAGCAAGUGGCCUCUCCACGACCCGACUCAGGGAGUCCAUACCUCCUGGUGCCUCUGAUUCCUGGUCUCUCUAGUUCUGUUUUAACUGUUGAUACUGUCAAGAGUGUGAAAAAUCUUUUGGAAGCAGGCUGAGAUAUAGUACUCCAGUGUUUGCUUUGCAGACACUUGCUUUUCAGGUGGCAGGUCAGCAUUCACAAACAAGACAAUGUGAGAGAUGUGAAAGCCCAUAAUUGCAGUCUGGAGAAUGUUAUUUUCACUGAUGUUGUUCAUAUUCACGUGGCUUAACCACUAAACAAGGAGAAGGAGGAAGUGAGUCAGCAGAUGGUGGUUUACACGACUUUUGCACUGUGCAUUCCAUAAUGUGAACCGUGAAAAGUUCCGUCCUAGAAAACAAAAUUGAGUUUAUUUAAUCCUUUACGGGAUUAAGCUAAGGAAAAAAAUGUUUACAUAGAUUACCAAACUUAAUAUUUGGGUAUAAACUUUAUAAAUCUUCACAUAAACUAGUGGCUGCAAACCGAGAUUAUGCAUGUACAUACUGCGUGUGUGUGUCUAUAUAUAUUAUAUAUAUAUAUACAAUAUAUAUGUGUAUAUAUAUAUACGUAUAUAUAUAAUUGAAGGCUAUAUUGUAUGUUGUAUUCAACCACAAAGUGCUAUACAUAUAUAAAUAUAUAUAGCACUUUGUGGUUGGUCACAUUUUAGGUUGGAAUGGUGCAAUGACCAAAAAGCAAGGAGCUGUUCCAAUGCACUGUGACUGUUCCUGUGACUCACAGUUGGAUGCCCUGCACAAAUGGUCUGAAUGAAGCCCACUUGGACUUUCACUCACUGCCCCCCAGGGCACUAACAGGUCAUACCAAUUAUACAGUACCGUGUGCAUCACCCACCGCUUGAACACCUCCUUGCUCAUCUGUGGGACCAGCUAACGCCAAGCCUCAGAAUCUUCACCAGAAACCAUCCGUUCACUGCUUUGUAUAGACUCGCUCAAUCUGAAAGACAAUGGCAUGUUUUAUUGUUUUUAACUGUGGGACUUUUUAAAGUUUGCAUGCUUCAAAAAGAUGAUUGAAUAGAGGAAAUUGAUCUUGCUCUGAAACCCUUGGAUGAAAAAAAAUUGUUUCAGAUUAUUUCCUCAGUGUUCUUCAUAGCCAAGUAGCAACAUUUUUACCACCUGAUUCCACUUCCACACCAAGUGUAAUCCGUCUCUGUAAUUUUCAGUUGCACAUGGUGUGGUGUUCAAGAGUGCAGCCCUUUUCCUCUAUUUUGUCUGAUAAAGAAGGCCUUACUUAAAGACCAAUGCACUUAAAAUGUCUUAUUUUUAUUUAACUGAAGGCUAUAUUGUAUGUUGUAUUCAACAUUUUUUGGUUUUGCAACAAGUAUCAUUCCUGUUUUGUUAUGGACUGGUGUCAAGGAAAGAACCAUUGGAAUAAUAAGCCUAUUGUAUGUAUUUGGUAACAUGUUUUUUGCUAUUUCAAGGGCAGUAAGUACUUGGAAUGAGUUACAUAUUUUGUACGAGAAUCCAUAUUUUUUCCUGGAUCGACAUGCAAUUUGAAAACUCGAGUUGUGUCAACGGAGUUUGAGUGUUUUAUAUUUAGAAGAGAAUGGUGUUGUCAUCAUUUCACAGCUUCAUUAUUAAAUAUAUGGAACAGCCUCUUAAUGCACAUUUGUACAACAGACAAACUACUUAUUUCAUUGUUGGAAUAAUAAACGUUUGAACACCAGUAUGUUUUUAAAAAGCUAAUGCUUUGAGAUAUGAUUAUAACUAGAUAUUUUGUUUUUGUUCUGUUUACUGAUAAAGGUCUAAUACUUGACAAGCAAUUAAUACACUGAGACCAAAGCUAUUCAGCAGUCAAGCUGAAGUUUGCAUGAAAACAGGGACCGCAGCUCACCUGUGUGAGCUGUCAGCAUUGUCAUAUUUUUCUCAUUUGAUCUUGUAAUAGAUUCCCUACCACUAAACGUGUCUAAGGCAGACCAGACUGUAAAGAUUCAGAAGAAUUCCACUUUAAAAGCAGUGUUCCUGCCCAGAUUUCCUGUUGAAGACAGUGCGUGCCUUCUGAUUAGGCUGGAACCGUGUUAAAAUGCUGGGUGUAACAAUAUGAAGCGGAAAUUAUAGCAUUUACGGGUCAUUUCCUCAUCACGGCAAUACAUAAUGGCCCUGACUGAGGACCAAAGAGCGAAUGCUCCUUUGCAAGGCCCCAGCUGGCCACUGUGCUCAGUCUUGUUCAGAAUGCCAAUUAUAUCCACUUACCUCAGAGGAAAGGUGCUUUUUAUUGUCCUGCGAUACUGCAGGACUUUGUCACAGACGUUGUGUUGGUAUUUCUGACCUGGGUGCUAUUUGCCUGUAAGAUCCGGUGGUGACUGUGCUGUUAGCAGCAUUGUAAGGAUGACUUACACUGGGGACCAGUGGUUCAGCAGCCUUGGUGACACAUUCAUUGUGCCUUUCCUUUUUUAGGAGUGCUUAUUAAUUAAGUAACUUUGGAGAAUUUGUCAUGUAGACCUCCCACAGUGUGCUCUGUAAUAGAGGCAUUAGUCUUAAUCGUCUGUUGGCUUUCAUAAAUCACUGAUGCUGUAAAUAACUGCUAAGGCCAGAAGACUUUACCUAUGGCCUGUCUCUGCGGGCUUUUAAUUGGACCUUGAAAGCAAACACAUUUUUUCUAUGCUAUAAAUCUUUUAUUAUGUACAGAUAUAAUUGAUUGUUUAUUUUCACUGUAUUUCUCUUUAAUAAAAUGUGCUGUAUU